GUCCAAGGAUGCCUGGAGGAUACCAAAUUAUUGCAAUGGAAUACAUCACGGGUACCCCACUACACAAUUUUUCAAACAUGAUCUAGCCAUAACCACCAGUAUUAGUAUCUAUGAAGAUUUAGAGAAAGCUAUAACACAGGUGCUUCAUCCUCAGGAGUUAGUCUUUGCAGACCUCCAACCACCAAACAUCUUGAUUGUCCACCCAGGAUGGCAAAAUAUGGAUCAGAUUACUUGGCCUGAAAGAGUGAUACCUGGCACUGUCCUCAAGAAGGAAGAUGACAAGUUUAUGCUUGAUAUAGAUAGAUUGAAGUAUGCUCUUAACCUGUAA